AUGGAUUAUUUUGAAAAUUCGAGUAAUUUGAAAUUAAUUCAAGAUUUAUUAACUGAGCCGGAGCGAAAUUCGUCUGACGAGGAGCCCGACGACCGUGUUCCAAGUACUGGUAUAAAAUUUUCAACACCAUCGACUACUUCCAUAACUCAAGGUCAAAACGAUGACAAAUCGUCAGCUGAAGCAGCAGCAUCGAGCCUUUUGGGAGAAAGGCAACGUUUUAGAAAUACUGCACUGAACCAAACCGUAGUCGAAUGGGAAGAACAGGAUGCCAUUGUGAAUGAUGAUGAACUAGAAGAUCGAAUCACACCCGAAUAUCGCAUUGUAUACAAGCAAUCCGUAACACCCGAGGAUAUUUAUCUGCAAAUGGGCAAUAAAACGGCGGCAACAUCAAGUUGUGAAGAAUUGUGUUUGGAAAUCCUAAUGCCAAAAGAAAUUGUCAGCAUUGAUCGAAUGCAAUUGGACGUUACUCAGAAUGAAAUUGACUUGCGAACGCCAGUCUAUCGAUUAAAAUUGCCAUUGGUUCAACCAACGGAUCCAGAUCGUGGCAAGGCGCAUUGGGAUGACAAAAAGAAAAUCUUACGCUUAACAUUACGAAUGAAGCGCGAGUAUGAUUUUAUCAAUUUUUAACAGCUGUUCAAAUGACCUCAGCUGAACUCAUCUGGUCAGCUGAACGAGUACAUCGCAUUGAUUUAGUCAAAUUACAUAUACAUAGAAGCAGCAUGUGUUUGUACCGAAGAAAAAUUCAAAUAAAUUCUUAUGGCUGAAACUCUCA